AUGUCAUUGCCACGCAUACCAUCCGAUUGCACGCUGCAAGUACCAUCGUGGGAUGACGAGAUCGAGCGGAAUUUCGAUUACAACAAUGAUUUGGAGCGUGACAAUGAACAACCGAACGCUGCUGCUUCAGGAAGCAGCCUGGAGCCGAUCAUCGUACCACCCGGAUUUGAUGAUCGAGAUCGUCGUAGAAAUGUGGACGAAGUGCAUCAGAGCCAAAGUAACAGCUCACUUGCGUAUCUUGAUCAGCUGCCCAACAGCGUCAGUGAACCCGGCCCGAGCUCUUCUGCUACUGCUGCUCAUCAGCAGCUAUAUGCGCCGUUGUCGAUGUUAGGUGCUUCGAACUCAUCAUCAUUGUCUUAUUCGGAUUCAUUCGGCCCAUCUGUGCCACCGCUGGCUACCGCUGCUACCGUUUCAUUCUCGCCUUCACUACCCGAAGAAGAAACAAGGCGUCUUCAUGAGAGCUCUCUGCUACCACCUCCAGAGCCUGGCGAAAGCGAGCAGGCAUCAAAUCGUUGUCAGUUCAGAAGAACAUUGGGGCCAGCAAUGCCCGAUCUUCUGCCAACAGUUGCUCAUUCAGGACCCAGUGAUGAUGAAGGCGAUAGGCAAGAAUUUUAUGGACCAGCUAUUCCAAUCGAUCUGUUAAAUGGACCAUCUACCUCGAGCAGGAGAGAUUUCGACGUUGAAAUGCCCGUCGAUGAUGAAGGUUGCAGCCGAGAUAACACCGAUGAUGGGGAGGAGAAGGAGGAAGUUGAUGAGGUCUUUGGUGAGCCAGAUAUUUGA